AUGUCAUCAUCUUCAGACGACUCGUCUCCGCUGUUAAAAGCUAAUAUUUUCUCUCGACUUGUUCAUCACUGGCUAUCUCCUUUAAUGAGAAAAAGUCAUAAACAGGGUGUAUUGCAUUUCAAUGAUCUUUAUGCUCUUCCAUCUCAUCUUAAAUCAACCGAACUUACUGAUAAAAUUGAAGCAAAUUGGUUUGAUGAAGUAAAACGAUAUCCACAAAAUCCGAGUCUAAUCCGAGUUACAUUACGUACGUUUGGAUGGAAACUAAUUUUUCAUGGUGUUUUUGCAUUGUUACAUGGAAUGGCUCAAAUUACUCUAUCAUUAUUACUUACAUUUCUCAUGCGUUUUUUUGAGCCAUGUUCGUCAAUGCCUGUUUGGCAUGCUUGGCUUCUAGCUAUAAGUACAAUUGUAAUUCCAUUAUUCGCAAGUCUUCUUAUUCAUCGGUAUUUUUAUCAAUGUGACAUAUAUGCUAUACAAAUUUCUGCGGCUUAUGCAGGCUUAAUUUAUCGUAAAUUACUACGUUUAUCAAGUCGUUCAAUGAACACUAUUACUUCUGGAGAAAUUACUAAUUUAUUAUCUGAUGAUACUAACAAAGUUCAAUUAAUGCUUUACUUUGUCAAUUAUUUGUGGAUUGCUCCUUUGCAAACUAUUUUCAUUACCAUCGUAUUUUGGCAUUUUGUUAAAUAUAUUGCUUUUAUUGCUAUGGGAUAUUCUGUUUUUCUUCUUCUUGUUCAACCAUUAUACAGUCGUAUUUUUGUUCGAUUACGUACGAAAAUUCUCCGAAUAACAGAUGAACGUAUAAAAAUAAUGUCUGAAAUAAUCAAAUCAAUGCGUAUUGUAAAAAUGUAUUGUUGGGAAACAGCAUUUAGUAAAAGAAUUUGUCUUAUCAGAAAACGAGAAAUGUUUCAAUAUACUUUAUAUUCUAUGGUUGAAUGUAUUCAAAUGUUAUUUUCAAAUAAUUUUACUGGUAUAUCUUUAUUUAUCAUGUUUGGAACAAUGUGGUCACUUAAUAUACGAUUUGAUACACGUUUCUUUGUUAUUGCUUGUUGUAUAUUGGGUUUUAUGAAAAUAUAUGUUAUUGAAUAUUUUUCUUUGGGUCUUCGAUUUCUUUCUAAUUAUUUAGCUGCUCGAAAAAGAAUUGAAUCAUUUUUAUUACUUGAUGAAUGUGAUCGAGAUAAUCGAUUGUAUUCAUCAUCGAAUGAGACGAAAACAAUUAAUGAUAAUAUUGAUGAAGAUAUACAAGUGAUAUGUAAUUUGAAACAAGCACAAUGGGAAAAAAAUGGCUUAUUUGCAUUAAAAAAUAUUAUUUUCGAUGCUCAUCCAGGUGAUUUGAUAUGUAUUAUUGGACCAGUUGGAUCAGGCAAAGACUUUGAACAGUUAUCUCAUGGUGCUAAUACUCUUGUUGGUGAUCACGGUGUAAUGUUAUCUGGAGGUCAAAAAGCACGAGUGAAUAUGGCACGAGCUCUUUAUCGUAAUGCUGAUAUUUAUCUACUAGAUGAUCCUCUUUCUGCUGUUGAUGUUAAAGUUUCUAAACAUCUUUUUGAAAUAGCAAUCAAAAAUUAUCUUCGUGAUAAAAUUUGUAUCUUAGUCACUCAUCAAAUACAAUUUUUACAAGAUUCAACAAAAAUUAUUAUACUUAAUAAUGGUGAAAUGAUUCAAAUGGGUACAUAUAAUGAAUUAAUUUCUUCUUCAACUUUAUUCGCUCAUUUACUGGAAGAUAUUCAUCAACAAAAACAAGAAUUUUCAAGAGAUAUUCAAAAGCAACAAUCAACCAUCAGUACAGUACAUUCAGAAGAAGACGAAAAAGAAGUAUUAAUGACGAAUAUUGAUACAAAACAAGAGGGAUCUAUUAAAUGGACUGUUUAUAGUUCAUAUAUAAAAGCUGGUGUUGGUUGUAUUUUUGGUUUUUUAUUUAUUUUACUCUUUUUAACUGCACGUCAAACUAUAUUUUUAUGUAGUAGUUGGUGGUUAGCAAUAUGGAGUGAUGAUGAAACCCAUCGAUAUAAAACUUUUGAUAACUGUAAAUCAAUUACGGCUGAAAAAGUGAAUAGUUUACAUUCGAUGACUGAAAAUGAAUGGAAUCAAUAUCGUAAUCGAAAAUUUUACAUCUAUUGUGGUAUUAUUAUAUUACUAUUAUUAUUAAGCUUUUUAUGUACAUUUACAUCAAAAUUAAUGUGUUUAAAUGCUGCACGAGUACUUCAUAAUAAAAUGUGGCAACGAGUAAUUCGUUGUCCAAUAUUAUUUUUUGAUAUGAAUCCAAUUGGUCGAAUUUUAAAUCGUUUUACUAAAGAUGUUGCUCUGAUGGACAAUGAUCUAUCAUUUAGUUUUCCAAAUUUUCUAGAAUGUUUGUUUUCCGUUCUGGGAGUAAUUGUCUUAGUUGGAUUAAUUAAUCCGUGGUCAUUUAUUUCAGCUGUAAUAGGAAUUAUUGGAAUGUUAAUGGUACGUAAUCGUUUUGCUCAAUGUUUUCGUGAUUUAAAACGAAUUGAAGGUAUGACACGAAGUCCUAUUUAUUCAUAUUUAUCAUCAACUAUUCAUGGAUUAAAAGUUAUUCGAUCUUAUUAUGCUGAAAAAAUGUGUUCGAAAGAAUUUCUUUCUUGUCUUGAUGAUAAUAGUCGAGUUAAUUUUUUUCUUGUAACAACUGAAAGAUGGGCAGGCAUACGUUUUGAAUGGAUAACAUUAAUUUUUCUUACACUUGUUACAUCAUUUGCUAUACUUGUACGUCUUUAUCAACAAGAAUUUUCAACUGCUGAUAUUGCACUUACAUUUUCAUAUAGUCUCAGUUUAAUGGGAGUUCUUCAAUGGACAAUUAGACAAUCAGUAAAAGUUGAUACCGAUAUGACAGCUGUUGAACGAAUAUUAGAAUAUUGUUCACUUGAUCAAGAACCAGCUGCACAAGUUCUAACUAAACAUCAGCCAGCAAAUAAUUGGCCAUUACAAGGUCAAAUUAUAUUUAAAAAUGUUUCUAUGAAAUAUUUCAAUGAUGAAUAUUCACCAUUUGCUUUACGUAAUAUAACAUUAACAAUUGAAGGCGGUGAAAAAAUUGGUAUUGUCGGUAGAACUGGUGCAGGUAAAAGUUCUUUUAUUCAAACAAUAUUUCGUAUGGGAAUAAUUGUUAAUGGUCAAAUUGAAGUUGAUAAUAUUGAUAUAACAACAAUUGGAUUAUAUGAUCUUCGAAGUCGUAUAUCAAUAAUUCCACAAGAUCCAAUUCUUUUUACAGGUACAAUUCGAUAUAAUCUUGAUCAAUUUAAUAAUUAUUCUGAUGAUCAAAUAUGGAAUGCUUUAGAAGUACAAUUAAAAACUUUAGUUAAUGAUAUAAUGUUAGGUGGACUUGAUUCAUUAGUUAGUGAAAAUGGUUCAAAUUUAAGUAUUGGUCAGAAACAAUUAAUAUGUUUAGCCCGAGCAAUAUUAAAAAAAAGUAAAAUUCUUGUUAUUGAUGAAGCAACAGCAAAUGUUGAUAAUGCCACGGAUCAAUUAAUACAACAAGUUAUUCGAAAUAAAUUCAAAGAAUGCACAGUAUUAACAAUAGCACAUCGUUUAAGAACAGUAAUUGAUAACGAUCGAAUUAUGGUAUUAAAUAAUGGAGAAUUAGUUGAAUUUGAUACACCAUUUGUUUUAUUAUCAAAUUCAAAUUCUUAUUUGGCUUCAUUAGUAGAACAAACUGGUCCAGCUGAAGCUGAAUAUCUUCGAACAUUAGUAAAUCGUAUGAAUCAAAAAAUAAUAUUGACAAAAAAACAGCCAUUUGAUGAUGAUGAAUUAACAUCAGAAGUCAACGAAAACGAUCCUCUUUUAGUAUAA